GGAGAGUUGAUGCGGGAGGCGAAGGAGGAGGUCAAAAAUAGGAAAAUAAAGGAUGACUGCACAUCAGCGCUGUUAAUGGAUUUCUCUCAAAUUUUCAAUAUCAAUUUCCUCUGCGAAGCAGUUUAAUGAACUUACGGAAUAUUGCAUCAGUGGUACAGUAGAAAUACUUUGCGCGUGGAAGUGAGGAUUUUACAGGAUACAUCAGUGGUCGCAGAAUAGAAUGUCGAAAAUGGAAGACCUAGGGCGAAUGUUAUCGAACUACACGAAUUUGGCAGCCACCAAAAAUGACGUUCUAGAAUGUAUCAAAGUGUACAAAGCCCUCGCGUAUCGAAUGGAAGAAUAUGUUUUCAACGAUGGAACUUUUAAACAGUUGCUGAACUUACAAGGAACGAUUCCGGUGCGAUACAAGGGCAAUACCUAUCACAUCCCGAUUUGCAUUUGGUUGCUCGAUUCCCAUCCAAGAUAUGCACCGAUUUGCUACGUCAAACCGACCGCCGACAUGCACAUCAAAGUAUCGAUGUACGUGGACCACAACGGGAAAAUCUAUCUGCCGUAUCUGCACGAUUGGUCCGCGGGCCAGUCAGAUCUGCUGGGGCUCAUCCAGGUGAUGAUUGUCACGUUCGGUGAUUUCCCCCCGGUUUACGCGAAACCGAAGGGUGCUCCCAAGGAUUCACCGGCGGCUACCACAACUACCCCUUAUCCUAUUCAAUCGUUCAUGCCACAAGCUGGAGCAACACCGGCUCAAUCGCAGUUUUGUCCCUAUCCCACGCAGUUUCCACCGUAUCCGCAACCAGGCGGCGCAGGUUACGGUGGCUAUGGACAACCAGGUGCAGCUGGUAGUAGCUAUCCGCAGCCGUUUAUGCCUCCCGGAAUGCCAAGUGCUGCCGGUUAUAACACGGGAUAUAAUCCAUCGGCGGCUCAAGGAACGGGAACCAUCACCGAAGAACACAUCAAGGCAUCGCUGGUAAGCGCAGUGGAGGACAAACUGAAGUGGCGCAUCCAGGAGAAGGUCAACCAAUGUCAGGCGGAAAUUCAAACGCUAAAACGAACCCAACAGGAGCUGAACGAAGGUCAGAGCAAAAUCAACGACAUCAUCGGCAGGCUGGAGCGGGACGAGCAGGAAUUGAACAAAAGCAUCGCCGUGCUCAGGGACAAAGAUCAGGAAUUGGAACGAGCGCUGGAGAGUCUAGAGAAGGUCGACGGAAUCGAUGUCGAUGAAGCCGUCACAACGACCGCACCCUUAUAUAAGCAGCUUCUAAACGCAUACGCCGAGGAAGCAGCCAUCGAGGAUGCCGUUUACUUUAUGGGCGAGGCGCUGCGCAGUGGGGUCAUCGAUCUGGAAGUGUUCCUGAAACACGUUCGGCAGCUAACCCGGAAGCAGUUCAUGCUGCGGGCCCUGAUGCAAAAGUGCCGCCAGAAGGCCGGUUUCACUGCCUAAGCUUCGUGUUUAUUCAAUAAGUACUCAUACCGCACACGAUGUUUGAAAUUGCACUGGAGAAGCUUCUCAAAAAUGCUGGCAACAUCAUUUCAAAAACACGGUGUGUAAAUAAAAGUAGAUUUUUUUUUUCGUUUUUGUGCUAACUUCAAAAAUGUUAUCGUAGAUGUGAAAAGAUGUGCAUGAAAGAGGGCAUCGGGAAGCGAUUUGCAAAUACGUUUAGUUAUCCUAUACCUACUAUAUAUUCAUAUUUUUAUAUUUCCAUGGCUAGACAGAUACUGUGCUUUUAAACCCAUGUUGUAAUUCAUCUUAUUAAUCAAACGUAUUGAGCAGAAGGAAAAGUGUUCAUAAAUUUCAUUAUAACCACUAGAAGGAGGCGAACAAAAAUCAAAUAAAAAAACGAGUCAAGGAAAAGGUUUUAAAGAUUAUUCAUUUUUCGUUUAAAAUAAGUUGAUGUUUGUUCUGGAGAAGUGAAGAAUUGAAAAUUUUGUUUUGGAGCCAAACUUAAAAUAAGUCAAAAUGAACAAGCAUGCAGUAUUACAGAUGUCAAAUGAAAACGACUGCAAUUGAAAUUGUAUAGAAUCAAUACCAUUGAUAAACCCAGAAUAACCGAGGUGCCACUGAAUACUUUCAAUAAAA